CGUCUUAUUCCUCAUUAGAUCAUCCAAAUAUUCCACUUCCAGUCUGCUUCUGGAUUGAAUUCAUAAGGCUGAAUCCAUGUUUGCCAUUAACACUAUAAGGUUGAAAUGUUCCAGUGAUGUCAGCAAGGAUUGACAGUUCUUCAAAUUCUUCAUUUCCUUGCAUGUAGAUCUACAUAUUAGUGUGUAGACCUCCAUUGGUCUUGCUUGACCAUGGAUUUGCACCUUGGAAAGUUUCCAGGGCGCAAGCCUGGGCAGGUGUUUUUAAAUGGAAGACCGACAGUUGUCCGAGCUGCAAGUGUCCCCUCUCCACGCCACUGAUGUCGUCCAAGGGAAGGGCAUUAGGGCUUGGCAGUGGAGUCAUCGCAGAGCAAUGUGUGGUUAAGUGCCUUGCUCAAGGACACACACACAGCCUCAGCCAAGGCUCGAACUAGCGACCUUCAGAUAACUAGACGAACGCCUUAGCUACUUGGCCACGCGCCAACACUACAUAUUAGUGAAGGUCCUAAUUAAACUGCCCAUGUUUAUUUUACAGCUCAAAACAGUGUUGUAACUUGAAACACUGACCAUGUACACAUGUUGAAGCUCUAAAAUGUUUCAAGUAAAAUUAUAUUAACAGUUAUGUAAAAGUAAGUUCCAGCUGUAUGGUAACAAAGGCUAUGUGCAUGGGGGCAUUUCAGUUAGCGAGUGGCUUUGCACUCCAGCGGCAACAGUUUCAUAUUCACUCAGUAUUUAUGUGGUGUCUGUUUGGGUUCUGUGCUGAUAGUAUUGUUGGUAUUUUGAUGGUCGGGGACUGGGCAAUACAGUAAUUAAUUGGGGAUUGCAUCAGCUGAUAUUUUUGUGGAAUGAACUGCUAGAGGAAGAGAUUGAGACAGGUACAUUAACAAUAUUUAGGGAAAAUAGGAAAGGUUUGGAGGAAUGCCAGCUUAACGCAGGCAAAGGGGACUAGUUUGGACAGGGAUGGGGCAUCUCGGUCGGCAUGAAUCAUUUGGGCUGAAGGGCUUGUUUCCGUGCUGUAUGAAUCUCUGACUAAAAGGUGGCCAUUUGGCCCAUCCCACCUGUGAUAGGUAUCUAAUUAACUGUGGGUUUGAGCUCUGGGAAUUUGCCUGAGCGCAGAGUCGGGGCCGGGUUGUGUUUCUCGCGGCCUAGAUGCGCCGCGGGUUAGCGAGCGAGCGAGCCAGCCAGCCGGCGCUGUGUCCUUGCAGCAGCGCUCCGCUCUCUGCCGGGCUCCGACGCUAGUGGUCAGUAUCAUUGACGUCAAUAGGGAGACGCAGAUGUGAGCUCGGAUUUCCGCAAAGCAGCAAGAGCGAGGAGCCGUACGGAGAGGAAAGAGCGAGCUCUGCGGAGACGGAUCCGGGCGAGUUGUGCAGUUUUCAUGAUUCGGUCAUGGCUUGGGAGGAUGUCGGGUUGAAGCUGUUGGCCUGACGGAUGUGUCAGCGGGCACAGCCUACUCGCUGCUGGGGGAAGAGGCACUACGCGGGCGCAGGUCCCGAACACCGCACUGCAGAUCCCGGAGCCCUCUGCCCGCUGAAGCCACCUCCAGCGACUUGCCUCCGCGGUGGGAGAGCGGACAACAGACCAUGGCAGGGCCAAGACAGUGCUGCGACGGGAAGAUUGCCGGGCUGUACGAUCUAGAUAAGACCCUGGGCAAGGGUCACUACGCCGUGGUCAGAUUAGCUCGGCACGUCUUCACGGGGGAGAAAGUUGCGGUCAAAGUCAUCGACAAGACCAAACUGGACAAGUCUGCCACGGGCCAUCUGUUACAGGAGGUGCGGUGCAUGAAGUUGGUACAGCACCCUAACGUGGUGAGGCUGUACGAGGUGAUCGAUACCCAGAGCAAGCUCUAUCUGAUCCUGGAGCUGGGCGACGGCGGGGACAUGUUCGACUACAUCAUGAACCAUGACAGCGGGCUCUCGGAGGAGCAAGCGAAGAUCUACUUCGCCCAGAUCGUGCACGCCAUCUCCUACUGCCAUAAGUUGCAUGUGGUGCACCGUGAUCUGAAGCCGGAGAACGUGGUCUUCUUCAAGGAGCAAGGGGUAGUCAAGCUGACCGACUUCGGGUUCAGCAAUCGCUUCCAGCCCGGCAAGAUGCUGACGACCAGCUGCGGCUCGCUGGCUUACUCGGCGCCCGAGAUCCUUCUCGGCGACGAAUACGAUGCACCUGCAGUGGAUAUCUGGAGCCUGGGAGUGAUCCUGUACAUGCUGGUGUGUGGAUACCCACCUUUCCAUGAGGUCAAUGAUAGUGAGACGCUCACCAUGAUCAUGGACUGUCGCUACACAGUUCCCCAGCACAUCUCUGCUGACUGCAAGAAUUUGAUCUCCAGGAUGUUGCAGAGGGAGCCGAGGAAGCGGGCGUCGCUGGAGGAGAUCGAAGGUCAUCCGUGGCUUCAAGGUGUUGACCCUUCACCGGCCAAGAAGCUGAGCCUGCCCCUCACGUCCUACAAGAGCCUCUCUGAGGAGGAGCAUGAGAUCAUUAUCCAGGCCAUGGAGUGCGGCAACAUCGCCCACCGGGAGCUGAUCCAGGAGGCACUGGAAGCUGACAAGUACAAUCACAUCACAGCCAGCUACUUCCUGCUGGCGGAGAGGAUCCUGAGGGAGAAGCAGGAGAAACAGACCCAGAGUCGCAGCCUCAGUCUAGAUGACAGCUGGAACUCCCAAGUGCCAUGCAGGCCUUCUCUGUCAGCACCGGUUGAUGGCUUCAGGGAUACCGUUGACAGGGGCCCCUUGGGUGAAACGCACAAUUCGUUUUCGAUAAAGCAUUCUGCAGGCACGAAGGGACCGACAAAGCCCCCAGAAAAUGCACCGAAGGAGGUGGAGAAGACUGUGACCAGUAAUGCAAAGGAUGUCGUGAAACUCGCAAGCAACGCAGAAGAUAACCCGUCGCCAAUGAGAAUUCUCCUCCGAUCUUCACUAGAAACGUCCGUCAUGCCAAAGAAUGCGUCCGUCCUUCAGCAGAUCAGUGAAGAAGAUGAAGAGGAGGCGGAGGAGGAGCCUCAGGUGGAGGUUAAGACUGCACCAUGCCUUUGUGUGAAGGAAACUCCACGCCAUGCCAGCAGUCGAGAGGAUAACAGCAUCACCACCUCGGGUUGUUCCAAGGAGGAUGGCAAGCAGGGGCUUGGUCGCAAACUCUUUCCUGACACGUGGAGCUGUCAGCGAUCAGCCGAGAUUAGGAGCUCCUCGGUUGAAGUCAGAGGUUCAGUGGGACCACUCUGUUGCAGUAGGUGGGCUGGGAAAUCCGAACAGCUCCCGCAUUACUUUGGGAACAGGCCCAUCAACCUGAUGAAUGAAAGCAACAACAACAGCACCAGCAAGGGCGUCGGCAGAGCGCCUGCCACUGUCACUGACCUCAGCGCCGAGAAGCUGCCCGCUUGCCCGCAUACCCACCAGUGUCUGGCUGCCCGGGAGGGGAAAGGCAUUGAACCCACUGUGCCCAGGCUGCCUAACACGCACUUAGCAAAGGGAAAACUACAGUCGCUUCAGAAAGACGAGGGCCCAAGUCUGGAAAGUCCAAAGCACUUGUUUGACCAUAUUGCUGAGACCAGUGGGUUACCAAAUGACAGUGCGUGCUUCGACAGCAGUGCAGACCCUGUGAAUAAAUUUGACACCGGCAGGUCAAAGAAUGUAAAUAUCAGAGAUAGGAUACUGCAGAUUCCACUCUGUGAGAAAGCCCUUUCCUUUAAGAUAAAACCAAACUCGAAAGAGAAUCUCCUCUCUUUUGGACAGUUCAAUUGUUGUCAUGUAAUUUAAUGUUUUUUUUAAAUUAUAUACUGUGGGUGUAUGUGUGCGCGUGUGAGUGUGUGUGAGUGUGUGCAUGUGUGCACAUGCUGGUUGUAAAUAUGUAUCAUAUUUUGCAGAAAAGGGUGUCACUGAAGUAAAGAGGGUUGGAAUGGAUGGUCUUUGAAGGUUGUUAAUUGCUGCACCCUCCCUGAGGUUGUCCAUCCUGCUGUGGGGGCCAGGGUGACCUCUGACCAUCAACGGGGUGGGGACAGCCAUGCGCAGCACCCACCCAGAUUUGCGCUGAGGACCUGGUCUCUCCACCCAGUGUGUGAAGAUGGAAUAUCAGCUCUUUUAAUUCUAACUAAAUAACGGGUAUAAGCUAAGUACAAUUUGGUGCUUCUGUCUGGGUUGUAACAAGGUGCAAAGCGAGUCUCUGUAUUUUAUAAUGUAUUUUAGAACAUCUGACUUGUGAAAACCAUCCCUUCCAUACUGGGACCCAAGUUCUAGUUACGUGGUGUUUGUAUGCUUCGGGCACGGACCCAGACCCACGAUCCCAGCUUACACUUCCAGAUUAGUUCGCCGUUAGUCGAAGAGUUGUUUUUUUGCAAGACCUACUGGUGUAUGUUCUAUAACAAUGCACCAAAUCCAUCUGCUGCCCUGGGGCUGGUAGCUGAAGUGUUUUUGCAUAUUAAGUGUACCCCUUUCAUUGUCACCUUUCUAUUAAAAAGAACCCUCGUGUGUUUGCAGAAUAAUUAUCGUGGGUCUGUU